CCGAGCAGUUGAGUAUAAACUUGUCCUCCAGUUGAGUUAAACGAAAAAAAGGCAUUUUAUACGAGGCACAAACCAAAGUCAUGGCAUCUUUGGGACUUCAGAUUUUAGGAAUUGCCCUCGUGUUUUUCGGGUGGCUUGGAGACAUCCUCACCUGCAUCCUUCCCAUGUGGAGGGUUACAGCCUUUAUCGGCAACAACAUCGUUACGGCGCAGACCAUCUGGGAAGGACUGUGGAUGGCCUGUGUCGUACAGAGCACAGGCCAGAUGCAGUGUAAGGUGUACGAUUCAAUGCUCGCCCUGUCCCUGGACCUACAGGUUGCGCGCGCUUUGGUUGUCAUCUCAAUCUUGGUCUCUCUCAUCGGCAUCAUCUUGGCGGUCGCAGGAGGAAAAUGCACCACUUGUAUUGGGAACAAAAGCGCGAAGGCAAGAGUUGUCGUAUCUGCGGGGGUGUUUUUCAUUAUAGGUGGCCUGCUGUGUCUCACACCUGUUUGCUGGUCAGCGCACACCAUCAUCCGAGAUUUCUUUAAUCCGCUCCUCCCAGAUGCGCAGAGACGGGAACUCGGUGCGUCUCUCUACACCGGCUGGGGCGCAGCGGGGCUUCUUCUCAUCGGGGGCGCCAUACUGUGCUGUCAGUGUACGAAAGAGGAACGAGUGGCCAAAUACCCUGCACCGACAUCAAACUCGUCUGGAAAAGAGUUUGUAUAAAGAACAUUUCGAAGAGGAUCUUUUUGGUAUUUUAAUAGUCAUCUUAACUGCAGUUUAUUUCAGUUACAAAUUAUAAUAUAACUAAAAGUUAUUAACAGACUUUGAAUAUGUGACGAGUGAAAAUGAGUUGGUUUCAUUGUCAGUGUUGAAAUAUAACCCUUAUGAAAGCUCUUACAUAAAUAGUUACACUUAAUUUGUCAUAUGCAAACACGUUAUUCUCAUGUUUCUAGUUAAAUUUUUCUAGGGAAGAAUGCUCACAUUAUACUUUUUUGUAAGUUACCAGUGCUUCGUAAUUAAUGCCUUUGGUUGUUUACUUUUGUACAUUGGUUGGAGUGCAGAGGUUUCUCUAUGACAACGCUAACUGCUUAUCCUUUGUAUGGGGGACAAAAGAAGUGAACACAAAACUGCAGCUGUGAAGCAGAGGAGUGUACCUCAGAGAGAAUGUGUAAAAUAAAAAUAUAUAAAUUUAGGGUUAAUGUCUGCAUGUGACAUUAUAGGAUGUUCUGAUUUACCAUACUGCAUUUGAUUU